UUCACGAAGAACGUUGGUUUACAUUAAGAAAACUUUAAAAAUAAAAUGAAUAAUCAAGAUAAAAACAGUAAACCCGCUUGGACUACAAGAAAUAACAUGGGGGAGAAGGAUAUGGAUGCUUAUAAUACUGAAGAUCCCUACGAAGCAACCGAUGAAACGGAUAUUAUUCCAGAAUCUGAAAGAGUUGGAUGCUGGCAUGGCUUCAUAACUGGUAUAAGAGGUAUAUUUGCCACGCGGGAUAUGAAAAAAGGUGGAGAAAAUGACAGAGAAUGGAUAAUUAGGACAACAGUAAAAGAACUUUUCUUAUACCUGAUUUUUCUUAUUAUACUGUGUAUAUUAACCUUUGGAAUGAUGAGCCCAACUAUGUAUUACUUAACUAAAGUGAUUAGUGAGUUAUUUUUGGAAACUCCUUACGAAGAUACAAGAAACAAUGUAAAGGGUUCUACUCAAGUCAUAGAUUUUUGGAGGUUCGAGCAAUACGUGAUGCACGAAUGUCUCUAUUGGGAAACGUGGUACAACGAUGAUCCUACAGUGAUGCAAGACAGGAAUAUAUUGUAUGAAAACUAUCUUCUGGGUUCUCCCAGAUUACGUCAGUUGAGGGUUAGAAACGAUUCGUGUGCCGUUCAUCCGGAUUUUACUUCUUCCAUAUCCGAAUGUUACGAUGUUUAUGAUCCAAGUAUUGAAGAUACCAGGCCUUUCGGCCUUCUUAAUGGCACCGAAUGGACAUACCAUACAGAGAAAGAAAUGAAUGGCUCUAGUCACUGGGGUCUACUAGCUACUUAUAGUGGAGCAGGAUCUUAUGUUGAUCUUGGAACUGAUAAAAAUACAUCAAAGGAGAAAAUGAGUACUUUAAAAACGAAUCUCUGGUUGACCAGAGCUACGAGGGCUGUUUUUCUUGAUUUUACCACUUACAAUGCAAAUUUGAAUUUGUUUUGCGUGGUCAAGAUCGUAUUCGAGUUUCCAGCUACAGGAGGAAUGAUACCAUCCUGGAGCUUCAGAACGGUUAAACUGUUGCGUUACGUUUCAGCAUCUGAUUAUAUUGUACUCGGAUGUGAAAUUGCCUUUUGCGUUUUCAUAAUUUACUACACUAUCGAAGAAAUAUUAGAGAUAAAAAGGAAUAAGUGCUCUUACUUCAAAGGAUUCUGGAAUCUGAUGGAUUUACUUGUUGUAAUAACUUCCAUCAUUUGUAUUGGGUUCAGCGUGUUCCGCACAUCAGCAGUUAAUCGUCUCUUGGAUAAUUUGAUUAAUACACCAGAAGACUAUUCAAAUUUUGAAUUUUUAGGAUAUUGGCAAACACAAUUCAAUAAUCUUGUAGCCUGCACUGCAUUUCUUGCUUGGAUUAAAGUUUUUAAAUAUAUAAGUUUCAAUAAAACUAUGACUCAACUUUCUUCCACGCUCUCCAGGUGUUCAAAAGACGUUGCUGGUUUUGGCAUCAUGUUUUUUAUUGUCUUUUUUGCCUUUGCACAAUUGGGUUAUCUUCUUUUUGGCACUCAAGUUUUCGAUUACAGCACAUUUGUUAAAGCCGUAUUUACGUUGCUCCGAUUGAUUUUGGGCGAUUUUAAUUUUUACGAUCUAGAAGCCGCAAACCGGAUUUUGGGACCGAUAUAUUUUCUAAGUUAUGUAUUCUUCGUUUUCUUUGUUUUAAUGAACAUGUUUCUAGCCAUCAUCAAUGAUACUUAUGCAGAAGUCAAGACAGAGUUAUCCAAUCAGAAGAACGAGUUUGAAAUCGUUGAUUACUUCAAACGAGGAUAUAAUAAUAUUUUGGGAAAAUUAGGAAAGAGAGAUCAAUUGGUGGAUCUACAGAAUGCAUUGAAGUUAGCUGAUACUGAUGGAGAUUGUCAGCUAUCUUUUGAAGAAGUUAGACGUACUUUAAAAGAGAAGAAUUUUACUGAUAUGGAGAUUGAGAUGCUGUUUGCUAAAUAUGAUGUCAAUGGCGAUCGAAUCUUGGAUGAAAGAGAAACAAAGUACAUGUUAGCCGAUUUAGAAGGCCAGAAAGUUCAAUUAGAUCGAGAAAUUCAUCAUAAUUCAACAGGAGGCGGCGGGGAAUUAGGAGUUGACCCAAAUAUGGUAGCCUCUAAAGAAGAAUACAACAUGCUUUAUAAUCGCGUGGAUAAAAUGGAACAAUCGAUUAUAAAUAUCGUUUCUAAAAUCGAUUUGGUGUUGGAAAAGAUGCAAGCCAUGGAGAAAGCCAAAGUUAAGAGAAGAGAAAACAUGAAUAAGAUACUCGAUACGAUUUCUGAGAAUGAACACAUGGAUGAUCGAACAAAGAAGCAGCAGAUGGAAAGAUUGGUAAGAGAGGAAUUACAAAGAUGCGAUUCUGAUCUCUCUCUUCGUCAGGAAUCAUCUGGAUAUUCAAAAUAAUCGGAUUUUGUUAAAUGUUAAUUUGCUUUAAUGUACAGAAGCAAAAUUGAUGAGGCCUACAU